GGUCCGGUUCAGACCAUGCCUGUGCGGAUUGGUUCGGUCUGGUUUGGUUUAGAUAGACCACACUUAACGAAAAAUGAAUAAUUUGUUUAGUCAACCACAGAAAAAAUUGAACAAAUAACCAGGAAAAAUAAUUGUUAUUUGCCUUAAAUCAUUAAUCCUAACAUGCAUGAAUAAUUUUGAUACUCUAAAUAUUAGUACAUAACAAAGAUACAAAGUAAAAACAUCCCAACUUGCACCAUAAUGUCAUAAACAUUAACAUAAUGUCAUAUGGAGACACGAUUAUCUCUACUCACUGGUUAAAUGUGGUUGUGAAUGAAGGAGGGACGAUUCACAAAACUAAGGUUGAGACUUGGGUGUCAUUGUGGGAGUUGGGAGAGUGGUCGAAUGGGCUGUUAACACGUAUUGACAAGUCAGUUGGGUCCACGGUUUGGUCUGGUAAACCGCGGUCUAGACUAGACCAGACCAAGAGAUCAAAACAUAAAAUAAUACAGACCAGACCAUACUUAACGAUCUACAGUCCGGAAAAACUGUGCGGUACAGUUUGGACCACGAUUUUUCUAACGGUCUGGUCUAUUUUCCCAGCCCUACUUGCAUGCAUUUCAUCACAAUAUUUUCUUCGGCUGAAAAGGGUAACUUAAUUUUAGGAGGAAAAGAGCCCAUAAAUAGAGCAUUCCAAUGAAAAAACUAAAAUAAUCUAUAUUUCUCGUCACUUUUAGACUUCAGUUAUAUACGUAUCAAUAUUUGAAGACUCUAACUAAACGAAGAGAUUAGGCACAAAAGAACUCCACAACCAGCUGAUAACUGUGCAACCAAGUAUGGUUAGGCACAAAACAGUUCCAAUUGAUGGAAAAAUAGUUAAUUAAACAGUCAUAGCUAGAGCAGGGGCAUUAUAUCACAGUAGGACUCACCUGGCAGGACACCAUAUUCAUUGCCCUCUCGAACGCUCACUUCUAACCAUUUUCUAGUACGUGCGCGCUUCCUUUGUAUAAACAAGAGCAGUAAUUCAUGUGCACCCACACUUUAGAUGAAAGAGUUUGUCUUGUUAUAAGGUGUAUAGCUAUGUUAAAACUCUAAGUAGUAAAGUGACACGAAAUUAGCACGAAGGAGAAAAAGAGAAGAAAUUUUGUAAAAAAUAGCUCCAACUGGAAUGAAAAGAAUUCCUCGUUAUAGCAUCCCUGAUAGACUAACGAAAUUGGUUCAAUUCUUACAUUUUCUAAGUUCAAUUGCAUAUGUUUGAACCUAGAAUAUUCUAGGCGGUUGUCAUUGUCAAGGCACGAGCAAGACUUCUGAAACACACUCUUUGACCCCACAACAAAGAUCCGUUGGCGGAUUGCCAGAAUGAAGCCUUAUUAAGAUAUGGUCACGAUAGAAAUGAUGAAUCUCUACGGCGUUUCUCACGUUUUCAUCUUCGACCCUCUUCUUAUAUAUACCCACAUUACCCAAUAGCUAUCUAGAAUCUCCAAACCAAAAACUGAAAAGAGCAAACCAAUUGAUGGCUUCUUCAACCAUGCUCAUCUUUUGCCUUCUCUUCUCUCUAUCUCUCUCCUUAGCCACCACCGAGAACACCCUGAUCAACCAGCAAUGCCACCACUCCGAGACCCCGCUGGCCUGCCGCCGCUGCAUCGAAUCCGACCCGGAAUCCGAAUCAGUCAGCCGACCCGUCGACGUGGCGGCCAUCCUCCUCAAGUGUCUCGCAGCCCACUCGUCCAACCUCGCCGUCAACAUGACCGGGCUGGCCCGACUGGCCAACAACACGGAGGCCCAGCCCAUCUUCGAGGCCUGCAGCCGGCAGUUCGACGAUAUGGGCCAGAGGCUUUCAACUGCCGGAGCCUGUUUGAAGCGGGGAGAUUACGACGGGGCCAAUCACGGCGUUGCGAGAGCCGUCGGCAGUCAGGCCACGUGCCUCGGGCUGGCGCGUGGGCGUGUGGGUGAAAUGCCGACGCAGAUGUAUGAUAUGCGGAUGAACGACGCGCUCUCUGAGGCGUUCCUGCGAAUAGUCGACCGGCUCUAGCAUUUGGCUGAUUGGCUGGCUAUAUGGUUCAAUUAAUCAUCAUUCUUAAUUAGUAGCUUUUACCGUCAGCAACAUAGUUAAUUAAUGUGGCGUGUUUACUAGGGAGAUGGGCGACAAAAGACCGAGGGUUGUUCUUUUUGUCUGGUGAUUGAUUGUGCUUCGAGGACUUAACUUUUCAUGGAAUGGUAAAAACGAAGAUUGUCGUCUCUCUCUUUCGGUGAUUGGCUCUAAUGUUGAUUGUGUGGCACGGUAAUUCUGUGAGGAAUACUAAAGGGAUUUUUACUAAAUGUAAAGUGAGAGC